AUGAGUGCAGAGGUUGAAAAGGCAUCUUGUAUCGAGUCUAGAAGUGCAAAGAUGUCUGGAGCAACUGUUACUUCUGCUGCACCUAUGGGAAGCCAAAAGGUUUCCAUGUUUGCAGCAAAGACUGGGUUUGUUAUACCAAAAAACAAACUUUCAGGGUCUUUGGUUCCCAUCUUCCGAGUGAACAAAAAGUUGGGAGGGAAUGAAUCCGCUAAUGGAGAAAAUGUGAAACAGACCCAAAGAAAUACAAAGUGGGGUCCUGAUUUAACACAGGAUACUGCUGUCAGAAAGGGGAGGCUCAUAGCUUAUCAGGUUAAAGAAUAUCCUGGUUACAACUUUAUUGGCUUAAUAUAUGGCCCCAGUGGUGAAAAUCAAAAGCGAUUAGAAAAGGAGACUGGAGCCAAAAUACGAAUUUGCGGUAUUAAAGCAGGGACAGGUGAAAAGUGGAACUGUUGUUUUAAGAAAAUAAGAACAAAUAAAUGUAUAACUGUCAUUAUUUUGUAUGAUUUUGAUGUAUGCCUUCUUCAGAAUAUACAGGCGCUGAACAAUGAACUUUUGGAACUUGAAAAACGUGAAGUUAUUGGUGAAAUACUAAAACUGAAUCCAAGUUAUAAGGCCCCUCCUGAUUAUAGGCCCUUGUUGAAAGAGGACAGCUUACUUCUCCCGGUUAAAGAAUAUCCUGGUUACAACUUUAUUGGCUUAAUAUAUGGCCCCAGUGGUGAAAAUCAAAAGCGAUUAGAAAAGGAGACUGGAGCCAAAAUACGAAUUUGCGGUAUUAAAGCAGGGACAGGUGAAAAGGACGAAAUUAAACCAACUGAUGUACACGAAACUCAGAACGCUUAUGAAGAGCUGUAUGUUUGCAUAUCAGCUGAUACAUUUGAUAAGAUUGAUGCUGCAAUUUCUGUUAUUGAACUCCUAAUCACCUCAAUAUCGGGAAAUCUGGCCACUGGCUCCACAUUGUCUGACUUGGUUUCUACGGAGGAAAGUUCUUCCAGCCGAGCCGAGGGUACUACAGUCUCAAAUAUGGGGCAGACUCCUGUGCCGAACCAGGGGGUUAUGCAUCAACUACAAGUUUAUGCGCCAACUCCGAUGCAAGGCCAGUUUCGCUAUCCUAGUGCAUGGCCUUCUCACAAUUUACCGCCUGCUCCUGCAUUUAUUUCCCCACAAGAUCCUCCGUCAUCAUUUUCUCGUCCACCUGCUCCAGUUGCUUUCAAUCCAGCUUUCCGGGGCCCUCCUGUUCCUCCUCCAAGACAGCAGUUUCCUGCACAGGACUUGCAGCAACCUUUCAUGACUCAAACCAGUCACGUUGGCCAACCCAGAGUAAAUGCUUUGACAAUGCAACGCCCCUCAUUGGUUCCUUCUAAUGUCUCAAAUCCAAACUUCACUGGUAGUGGUCAAUUACCUUCAGGACCACUCCCGAAUAUGGCAGGAUCAUCAAUUCCCUCAGCUUUGCCUCAACUUGUUCCUGGUAGCAUUCCUCCUGGACCACGGCCUGACCGUCCAUUAGCACCUAGCAUAGUUUCUACUGGUUUUUCUGGUCCCGCAGUUGGCAGCUCAGCAUCUAUGGGUCCAAAUAACAUGGGGCAGAUGGCUCUAUCGAUUGCCCCACCCUUUCUGCCUCGUGCAGCUCCACCGCAGGGUGUUAAUUCUUCUGGCACAGCAUCUGCAAAUGCAGCAGUAGCCAAUGUGGAUGGAUAUGCAUCUUUUACUUCUGGGCCGCCCACCCCCCAAGCCAUGAGUAUACAUAAAAAUCACCCUAUUACACCUCCAAUUCCGUCACCCCAGAUGGGGCAUCGCCCACCAUUUGCAGCACAUAAUCCUGCUGGUAACUUCAUUGCUGGAUCUGCUUCAACCCCUCCAACACCACCUACCAAUACCAGCAAUUUUACAUUCCAACCACGUGGUCCACAAAAUCCAUCUCCUCAAACAAUUCUGAAUUUAAACAUUCAAAACACACCUACCGUACCUACAUUGCAACAGCCUGCAUCUGGGGCGCCAUCUUUCCAUCCAGCAGCCCCAAAUUUUGUGAGAGCUGCCAAUCAACCCUUUCCCGGACCCCAAGCUGGCAGCCAGAUAGGUAAUCGUCAAAUUCAAGAGGUAGCUUCAAAUCCUAUUGGCAUGCAGGUCUCGGCUAGGAUUCCUGCUUUCCUCGAUCAAGGUCCUCGAACACAACUGCAUCAAAGAAACUUUGGUCCAGCCAUGCAAAUGCAAAUGCAAAUGCCGAACUUGCCAGGCAAUUUUACUCACAGACCCGGGAACCCCAUGCAACUUGAACAAUGUUUCCCCAUGCGAGCUCCUCGACCUGAAGUCCGCUUUCCUCCCCCACAGUACAGUAGCAAUCUGGCGUUUGUUUCUAGUAGGCCACCUCCCAUUUCCGGUGGGCAGCAAGUUUAUGAUCCAUUCUCGCCUACAUCUGUAGCUGGCACACAACAGCAGGGGAGCAAUCCGCCAAGGUGAAAACUGCUGAAGUGCAUUGGGUGUUUGUAGUUGCACUUUUACGACAGAGGGAAAAGCUCAGAUAGCCUUCUAAGGCCCGAAUGAGCACUCUUUGCUGAUAUAUAAAAGUUAACUUUUGUAUUCAUGUUUCGCUAAAAAAUAUGAUAGAUUUCUUGGAAUGGAUGUGAGUUGAUGCUUUGCUGGUAAAUGAUAGUCGUACCCUUUCAAUGGAUCCUAUGAGGGGCGGGGUUCGAUUUUGAUAA